UACGACCUCUUUCUACUCUCCUAAACACUUAUUGAACAUCUAAUGAGUAAGUGCCUCAUGCAGGGCACCAAGUGGAGUGAAGCAAGGUCCCGCCCUCAAGGGACCCCCAACCUGAAGGAGAGGCAGGUGUCCACUGGGUGGCGAGCCCUGUGGUUCAGCCCCCUGGGGCCUGAGUGAGCGCCCAGCCAGACCUCGGAUGAGGUGGAAGUAUGGAAGCUCAGGGCGGGCUGGUCCCAUGCUGCUGCUUCCCAGGAGUCACACGGUGCUGAGCGCCGUCCUCUCUGCCAGCAGUCUGGGCUGUAGGCUGGGCAUUAAAGCCCCUCUCCCACCCACACUGACUUGGUUUGCUCACCUCCACCACAAGGGCCUGUAGGACACCUUGCCCAGGCACGUGGCCCAGGAGGUGUGUGGGCCAGUCUCCCUGCCCCGUUCAGUAGCCUCAUUCUGUUCCUCGGGGCUAGGGGUGGCCUGAAGAGCAGUUCAUUCCCUGGACCCACAACCCAGCCUCAGCCAAGAGAACUAGCCUGCCCAUGAGAUGCAGGGUCCCAUCGUGCAUUUCUGUCUUUGGGAGCAACUGAGGGCCUGUAGUGUUCUCUUUCACUGGAUGCCCUCCCACCUUGGAGCAUUGUGUCCCAGGAUGUGAAUUAGAAAGUAGCGUGUCUGAGCCUGUGUCCGAGGCUGCCCACCCUCAAGUCCAGGUCCAGGCAGAGCCCCUGGCAUCUUCUCAGGGAGGGAGCAGCUGCCUUGUCCUGGGACAUUAACCACACAUUGUUAUAAAGGGGGGAGGGGCCCAUCCUUCUGAACCACUGCUUCCUUUCCAUUCAUUAAUACAUUUUCAAUCUUUGAUUUCUUAAAGCCAACUGAAAGUGACAAUGUCCCUGUCCCCACCGCUACACCCGGGGUAAGAUCAGUGAUGAGUCCCCCCGGGGCUGGGCCUUUUCCUUGACCAUGCUGAGUUUUCCACUAGUGUUUCUGUAUUCUCCAUGAUUGUCCUUCCAGAACAGUGUCUGCAGUGGUUUGCAUUCAUCAUCAGUGUCCAGUACUCUUGGCCAGCCCGGCGUUCUCCUCUUAACACACUAGACCACGUGGGCAUGCAUGUGCUGUGUGGACGCGGUUUUCCAAGCCCUGUGUUGUUAGCAUGUAACUCUUCCUUUCAUAUCAUGCUUUUUAAGGUGAAAAGGCCCUAGAAACACAUCUUCAACUCUUACCUCUGUCACCUUUGUUUGCAUCUGUUGCUGUUUUUCUGAAAGUGUUGCAUGUUCUACUUUGCAUUGGGUUUGACCUCUCCAUGAUAACCCUUCAGAACUCUGAAGAGAGCAAUAGAAUCUCCAUCACCUUUUUCCGUCUUUUCCGAGUGAUGCGGUUGGUGAAGCUUCUCAGCAGGGGGGAAGGCAUCCGGACACUGCUGUGGACUUUUAUAAAGUCCUUUCAGGCACUGCCCUAUGUCGCCCUCCUCAUAGCCAUGCUAUUCUUCAUCUACGCAGUUAUUGGCAUGCAGAUGUUUGGGAAGGUUGCUAUGAGAGAUAACAACCAGAUCAACAGGAACAACAAUUUCCAGACCUUUCCCCAGGCUGUGCUGCUGCUCUUCAGGUGUGCCACAGGGGAAGCCUGGCAGGAGAUCAUGCUGGCCUGCCUCCCGGGGAAGCUCUGUGACCCCGAGUCGGAUUACAGCCCCGGGGAGGAGUACACGUGUGGAAGCAACUUCGCCAUUGUUUAUUUCAUCAGUUUUUACAUGCUCUGCGCAUUUCUGAUCAUCAACCUGUUUGUAGCUGUCAUCAUGGACAACUUUGAUUAUCUGACCCGGGACUGGUCUAUUCUGGGGCCUCACCAUUUGGAUGAAUUCAAAAGAAUAUGGUCAGAAUAUGACCCUGAGGCAAAGGGAAGGAUCAAGCACCUUGAUGUGGUCACUCUGCUCCGCAGAAUCCAGCCUCCCCUGGGGUUUGGGAAAUUAUGCCCACACAGAGUAGCCUGUAAGAGACUAGUUGCCAUGAACAUGCCUCUCAACAGUGAUGGGACAGUCAUGUUUAAUGCAACUCUGUUUGCUUUGGUUCGGACGGCUCUUAAAAUCAAGACGGAAGGGAACCUGGAACAAGCUAAUGAAGAGCUCCGAGCUGUGAUAAAGAAAAUCUGGAAGAAAACCAGCAUGAAACUGCUUGACCAAGUUGUCCCUCCAGCUGGUGAUGAUGAGGUAACCGUGGGGAAGUUCUAUGCCACUUUCCUGAUACAGGACUACUUUAGGAAAUUCAAGAAACGGAAAGAACAAGGCCUGGUGGGAAAAUACCCUGCGAAGAACACCACCAUUGCCCUACAGGCAGGAUUAAGGACACUGCAUGACAUUGGGCCAGAAAUCCGGCGUGCUAUAUCAUGUGAUUUGCAAGAUGACGAGCCGGAGGAAACAAAACGAGAAGAAGAAGAAGAUGUAUUCAAAAGAAAUGGUGCCCUGCUUGGAAACCAUGUCAAUCAUGUUAAUAGUGAUAGGAGAGAUUCCCUUCAGCAGACCAAUACCACCCACCGUCCCCUGCAUGUCCAAAGGCCUUCAAUUCCACCUGCAAGUGAUACUGAGAAACCGCUGUUUCCUCCAGCAGGAAAUUCGGUGUGUCAUAACCAUCAUAACCAUAAUUCCAUAGGAAAGCAAGCUCCCAGCUCAACAAAUGCCAAUCUCAAUAAUGCCAAUAUGUCCAAAGCUGCCCCUGGAAAGCGGCCCAGCAUUGGGAACCUUGAGCAUAUGUCUGAAAAUGGGCAUCACUCCUCCCACAAGCGUGACCGUGAGGCUCAAAGAAGGUCCAGUAUUAAAAGGUCUGACUCAGGAGAUGAGCAGUUCCCAACUAUUUGCCGGGAAGAUCCAGAGGUACACGGCUACUUCAGCGACCCCCACUGCUUGGAGGAGCAGGAGUAUUUCAGUGGUGAGGAGGGUUCUGAGGAUGCCGGCUCACCGGCAGGGAGCAGGCAGAACUACAGCUACUACAACAGAUACCCAGGCAGCAACUGGGACUUCGAGCGGCCUCGAGGCUACCAUCACCCCCAAGGCUUCUUGGAAGAUGACGACUCACCCAUUUGCUAUGACUCUCGGAGAUCUCCAAGGAGACGCCUACUACCUCCCACCCCAACAUCCCGCCGGAGAUCCUCCUUCAACUUCGAGUGUCUGCGCCGGCAGAGCAGCCAGGAAGAGGCCCCGCCGCCCCCCGCCUUCCCCCACCGCACAGCCCUGCCCCUGCACCUGAUGCAGCAGCAGAUCAUGGCAGUUGCGGGCCUGGAUUCCAGUAAAGCCCAGAAGUACUCGCCGAGCCACUCAACCCGGUCAUGGGCCACCCCUCCGGCGACUCCUCCGUACCGGGACUGGACACCGUGCUAUGCACCCCUGAUCCAGGUGGAGCGGCCAGAUGCCCUGGACCAGGUCAACGGCAGCCUGCCGUCCCUGCACCGAAGCUCCUGGUACACGGACGAGCCGGGCAUCUCGUACCGAACUUUCACACCAGCCAGCCUGACUGUCCCCAGCAGCUUCCGCAACAAAAACAGUGAUAAGCAGAGGAGCGCAGACAGCUUGGUGGAAGCAGUCCUGAUAUCCGAAGGUUUAGGACGGUAUGCAAGGGACCCAAAAUUUGUAUCGGCCACAAAACACGAAAUCGCCGAUGCCUGUGACCUAACCAUCGACGAGAUGGAGAGUGCAGCCAGCAACCUGCUCAACGGGACUGUACAUCCCCGGGCCAACGGGGGUGUGGGCCCCGUGUCACACCGGCAGGACUAUGAGCUCCAGGACUUCGGGCCAGGCUACAGCGAUGAAGAGCCCGACCCUGGAAGGGAUGAGGAAGACCUGGCAGAUGAAAUGAUAUGCAUCACCACCCUGUAGCCCCCAGGGAGGGGCAGACUGGCUCUGGCCUCAGGUGGGGCGCCAGAGGGCCAGGGAAAAAGUGCCUCGUAGUUAGGAAAGUUUAGGCACUAGUGUGGAGUCCAUAUUCAAUUAGACUUUUGUACAAGUGAUGUCAUGCCUCAAGGAAGCCAUAAACCUGGUAGGGAACAGCCGCGCACGUGUGCCCGGCUCCAGCUGUCGGAAGCAGCAGGUCCAGCCCUCUUGGGGAGGACCGGCGAGGAGGUCGGACAAGCCCAGCCCACUUGUCCAGAGUGCCCCCCCAGGCGCUCACCCGCGCCCACCCACCUGCUGGCAUGGUGGGGAAGGUUAAAGGUGAUGACGAUCACCACACCUGUGUCAUUACCUCAGCCAUCGGUCUAGCAUAUCAGACAUUCACUGGGCCCAGCAUAUCCAUUUUUAAACCCUCUUCCCCCAGAUACACUGCUUCCUGGUUUCUGUUUAGCUGUUCUGAAAUACAGUGUGUAAAUCAGGACCUACCUACCAGCCGUCAUCCUGAGAGGGGAGCAGGACCUUAUCCACGAGGUUUUCUGUUAUGUGACCCCAGUUUACAAGAGAGAGCGUCACUCAGUUGGUUUCUGACUGUCAGGUUAAGGGCAACUGUAAACUGGAAUAAUCAUGCACUCGCAACCAGGUAAACUUAGAUACGCUAGUUUGUUUAAAAAUUAUAGAUUUACUGUACAUGACUUGUAAUAUACUAUAAUUUGUAUUUGUAAAGAGAUGGUCUAUAUUUUGUAAUUAUUGUACCGUAUUUGAACUGCAGCAAUAUCUAUGGGUCCUAAUAAUGGUAGUUCCCCACCGAAAUCUAGAAAUUAUUAGCAUUUUUACUUGGGCUGUACAGAAGUAGAAGAAAUAGAGCCAAUUCUCCUUUAUUCAGUGAAAAAUCUUUUGGGGAUGACAUUUUAAGUUCGAAAGAACUUGACACUACAGAGAUUUUUCUAAAAUAUUUUGAGUUACUAUAAAUCUACCUUAACCCAAGAUACACCAGAUGACGAUUUACAGUCUUGGCUUUGGGCAAGAGUGCUAGGAUUUGAUAGUGGACCUCUGGUCCACCGUGGGUUGCAACUUUUAUUCUACUGACCCUUCAACAAGUUCAUUACAGUAGGUCGAGCUGGUUACUCUGACCUUGUGGCGUUCACAGUGGUGGUUUCCUCAGCUGCCCCCACAAGGCAUUUUUGAAGUUCCUCUGCCCUUCCUUGCUCCCUGGGGAUGGCUACUGUGCUUGUCUUAAAUAAGG